UACAAGUCCCAGGGUCUCACAGCUGCAGCAGGUGGGAGCUCGGAUGUUGAUAUCAACAUGGCGCUUGUCAGACAGACAAAGACAGUCAGGCUGGUGUGAGCGAGCCAAAAAAAAAAAACCAACAAAAAAAACCCAACAACACCCAACAGAGAGGAAGGGAAAGCGAGACGGGGAGGGGGGUUCCCGUCCUCGGGGGGGGCUCCGGCAGCCGAGAGCUUUCCGCCCCACUAUUGUUCUCCUCCCGCUGCGCCCCCAUUAAUCUCCCCUCACGCCGGGGGGGCUCCCCGCCGGGGGCGGCCGUUCAAUGGUGAAGCGGAGGAGCCGCCGGCACCCGGAGUUGAGCCUUGCAAGGAAAGGGUUGGAAAGCUUCGUCUAAACAGCACCUCCCUGACAUCUGAUACUAUCUCGGAGCAGCCUCUGACAAGUGAACCCUCUCAUUGAAAUCAUAAUGGUGAAUAACACUGAAGACCCCCAAGAGGCUUUAUAACGUUCCAUCCCCAUGUAAAGUAUGCUCAGAACUUUUCCAGUAGUCCUGCUGGAAACCAUGUCUCACUACACAGACGAACCAAGAUUUACCAUAGAGCAGAUAGACUUGCUUCAGCGCCUGAGACGUACAGGAAUGACCAGACAUGAAAUCCUCCAUGCGCUGGAAACCUUGGAUCGUCUUGAUCAAGAGCAUAGUGACAAAUUUGGAAGAAGAUCUAGCUACGGAGGUGGUUCCUACAGCAACAGCACCAACAACGUCCCAGCAUCUUCCUCGACAGCCACGGCUUCAACACAGACCCAGCAUUCUGGGAUGUCCCCAUCCCCAAGCAACAGUUAUGACACCUCCCCACAGCCUUGCACUACUAAUCAGAACGGGAGGGAGAGUAACGAGAGGUUGUCUGCAUUCAAUGGGAAGAUGUCACCCACCCGUUACCCGCUAGCAAACAGCUUGGCUCAAAGGUCCUACAGUUUUGAAGCUUCCGAAGAAGACUUGGACAUCGAUGACAAAGUGGAGGAACUGAUGAGGAGGGACAGCAGUGUGAUAAAGGAGGAAAUCAAAGCCUUCCUAGCCAAUCGGAGGAUUUCCCAAGCAGUUGUUGCACAGGUAACAGGUAUCAGUCAGAGCCGGAUCUCACAUUGGCUUUUGCAACAGGGGUCAGACUUGAGUGAACAAAAGAAAAGGGCAUUUUACAGAUGGUACCAGCUUGAGAAGACAAAUCCUGGGGCUACGUUAAGCAUGCGACCAGCUCCCAUCCCAAUAGAAGAGCCAGAAUGGAGACAGACACCUCCCCCAGUCACAGCUACCUCUGGGACCUUCAGACUACGGCGAGGCAGUCGGUUCACAUGGAGAAAGGAAUGCCUGGCUGUUAUGGAAAGUUACUUCAAUGAGAAUCAAUAUCCUGACGAGGCAAAGAGAGAAGAAAUUGCCAACGCCUGUAAUGCAGUUAUACAAAAGCCAGGAAAAAAAUUAUCAGAUCUGGAGCGAGUUACCUCCCUUAAAGUGUACAACUGGUUUGCCAACAGAAGAAAGGAAAUCAAGAGACGAGCCAAUAUCGAAGCAGCAAUCCUGGAGAGCCAUGGAAUAGAUGUACAGAGUCCGGGAGGUCAUUCCAACAGCGACGACGUUGAUGGCAAUGACUACUCAGAGCAGGACACUUGGCAAGUACGCAAUGGGGAGGAGGAGGGAAGAUGUUCAGAGGGAGGCAGAGAAGCAGAGAAGGUAGAAGAAGACAGGAGGAUCUGCUCCAAACAAGCAAGUUACACCAUUCACGCCACACGCAAUGAUGACAGCACUAGCCAUAGUGACCAUCAAGACCCCAUUUCAUUAGCUGUGGAAAUGGCAGCGGUAAACCACACCAUCUUGGCAUUGGCCCGGCAAGGAGCCAACGAGAUCAAGACAGAGGCUCUAGACGACGACUGAUAGAAAGAAGGGGGAGGGUCGAAGCAAGAAGUAACUUAGUUUUAGACGUAGCACCUUAGCAGACUUUCCUCGGUCCUUAAUAUGUGUUCUUACAGUAUAACUUUGCAGUUUCUUGUACGUCAGUUAGCUGUUAGGGUCUUGUUCUGUGAAGAUGGCAUGGUGCCCUCAGCCUUUGCGUAUACUCUCUCAGUAUUAAUUCCCAAUAAAUAAUCAAUCAACCAACCAACCUCCCUCUCCCAGCCCCAGUGGCUAGAAAAAUCUUGCUGCUCUAUCUUAGCAUUCAAAGUGCUUCCAGGUAUUUUAGACAGUCCUCAAUUACAAGUCUUAGGCUACACUUAAAAUCUUGGAUACCUUUAGAGAUUGUGUAAAAAUAGUCUGUAUGCUUUUCCUUCUCUGAGACUGAAAGGAUGCAAGCUGAGGUAGUGGCACAGGGUCGAUGGACACCAGACUGGGAGUAUCAACAGAGAGUAAAAAGAACACUAGAAACCCCACUUCAGCUGAUUCAGAUUUCCAGCUGCAAUAAGCUGUGCCUCACUGGUCAUACAGUGACUUGAUAUACUUUUGGGUGCUGUGCUAAGAAUGUCCAUUGGAAACACAUUCACAUAUUUCAGUUGAUGUUCCCAUAUUCAACACAGACAUCCUCUACUCACAAGCUGUGUGGCUUAGUGGAUAAGUACUGCCUUCUGCCUCUGGGACCAUGAUUGAAGCCCAGCCUGGGAUCAUAUGAAAAAUGAGCUGAAUGUCUAAUGGACAACAGUCCACCUCUCAAAACCACUAUUCAUUAUUUGGCAUGGCUUGUAGUGCCUGCUCAGAAGAGGUCUAGACUCUAUUGAUCUGUCACUAACAAUUUCACUUUUUAUUCUUCCUUUUCUGUCCCCACCCUGUUCCCCUCUCCACUUUGCCACUUUCAAAAGCAAUGUUUUCCAAGAAGGUUUUAAGGUCAUGAAACGGGUGAGUGAUUUUUUUUACACGUCUGUGUAACUAAUGCCUACGUCUAGCCCGAAAGGUUAUUCAAGAAGUUUGACAUCUGACCUUUGCUAGUUAACCAUCAUAGCAUAAAUAUUCUCCUAAAUAAGAGCUUUUGCCUUUGCUUAAAGGCAAGAGGAUCUCUUACCAGAGAAAUGGGGUGUGAAUGUUUUGUGUUCUCUUUACUCUGUCCUUGUUAAGAUGUGAGAAAGCUAUACUGCUACGAGCAAUUUAAUUAAUAAUUGGAAGCCAUACUGAUAAUGGAUGUGGUAAUAUUUGUAAAGCAAACCUACUUUAAGUAGCAGAAACUAAUGGAAUUGUUUUCCUUGAUCAUAUGUAGCACUUUUGUUACUUUUUUCUUAAAGAUAUUUAUAUUUGAUAAGUCUUUUUUUUAUCAUUUGAGAAUUCAAAAUGCCAAACAGCAAACUCGCAUUACAGAGUCACCCUGCGAUCGCCUUGUCAUCUGCUAUCUAAAUGAUGAACUGUGUGUGCAUCUAAGAAAAUUGCAUCUGCUGGCAUUGUGUGGAAGCGAUCUCCUGGCAUCCUGAUAAAAUGAUAUGUUGCUGCCGGUAAGAGGAAACAUCUCAAUGGAAACAGCACGGGAAGUGUUAGAGACAGGCAGGACUGUGUUACAUUUAAAAAAACUGAAAAACAAAACAAAACAAAAAACUAAAAAAAAAAAAAACCACAAAAAAACAAAAAUUAUAUUAAAAAAAAACCAACUAUGUAAAUUUUUGUAUAUAGAUAUAUAUAAAAAUUUCCAUAGUAUUUCCAAAACAUUCCAUUUGUAUCUUCCCCACUUAGGUGGGAAUAGCUGAAGAAGGGAAAAUAGCUGAAUUCUGAAGGAUGGGCUUCCUUCUUGUCUCAUCCGCUUUUGAGGGGACAGAGGGAAGUCACAGCUACUUGGUUUGUUCUCAUCCUCCCUUCCUCAUGCACAGCUAUCAGUCAGCAUCGUGACCUCCCAAAUUGUGGCUCCUCAGAAGGUUUCUAGGCAGCCUAAACCCACUCAGGGUGUAGGCUAGCUUACAUCAUCCUCACAUCUGUUAGUCUCACCAAAAUUGCUUGGGUAAGUGUGGAGAUUUUGUGCUUUCAGAGGGUGCAGACCUGGCACCUCUUUGUCUCUGUAACUUUGAAGAUAAAUAGGUAGGGCUUGGCCUCGUCUUUCAUUUAUGGAUUUCAUUGGAAAAUUUAUGUGCUUUCCUUAGGUAUAGAUCACUGAAGCAGAAUGAAGCCGUCUUGUUCUGUUUUAUUGCAUUUCUUGAGUAGGCAAAUUUGUAAGUAGCAUCAGGGCAGACUCGGGGAAAACACAGAAUUGGAUCAGCUGCCAUUGCACCAUUGCAGUUUAUUUCUUAAUGUGUGUGUGAGUGUUUUGGUACUAAGGAGUGAAAGGACGGGGAGAGCUUUUUUUCCCUAUUUUUGCACAGCAGAAUGAUCCAGCAAACUAUAGCCUUAGUGGAAUUUUACCUUAUUCAUACUGCAGUCACACACCAAGCUGACAAGCAACAUCCACGAUUUAUAGGAAGGAGAUUUUAAUAAUCGAUGGCCUCUUUAUGUUGGGAUUGCCACCACCAUUUGUCCUGGCUGUUUCAUUUUAAAAAGAACAGAUUCAAACUGUUGGACAGCUGCAAUUUUAGAAGAAAUAUGGCUUACUAUAGCAUCCUGAGAAAAAAAAAGUCAUUGUUUCAAGCGUCGCCUUUUUACAGCAAUAGGGAAGAAUAAAAAUCCUUAUUCCGAUUUUUGGUUCAUGUGAUACAGGAUCAGAGUAACACCCCUAAAACUGUAUGUCCAGACCAUCUGAUGUCCUUUAUAAUGAUACAAUAAUCUGACCAUAAUUCUGUCUGUCAGUGUCAGGUAGCUGCUGGUCUAAUCAGGCGUCGAUAUCCAGUAUGAAGGUUAAUCAGAUAAACCACUUGUGAACAGCUGGAGAUUGCCAGAUCCUCCUUGUCUGUAGCUUUGAAGAUAAAUACCAGUUUGCUGCUCUCUCACAUCGUCUCACCAGAGCAAACAACAAAUUACUUAACCAAGGAAUCAGUCAUGCUGAAAAAAGAAAAAAAAGACAUUUGGUGUGUUUCAGGUUUCUGUCACCUUGGUUUGCACUUAUCUACAAGAGGAAUGAGGUAGGAGUAGGAGUUCAGGUGGUGCAGCAGCCUGUUUCCUUUAUUCUGAAAGUUCUUAGCAGACAGUUUGCAAAUGAUUAACAGCUUUCUGCUUUGACAGGAAUUAGCUUACGUGGAGCAGAUGCUGGUGUGACGAUGUCAGAAGACCUGCACCUGAUCUAGAGUAAUUGAAAGACUUGUGGAGAGUGUGGCCUGUGAUUUAGACUUUCUCUCUAGGUUUUCUGCUGCAGUGUGGGAUGUUGCUUGCAUCUUUUUGUCUCUGGAGAUUCUUGAAAAGUAUCUUCUUGGUGGUGGCAGGUUUUGUUUUUUGGUCACGUUGCAGUUCAGUGGCAAGUUUGUUGUAGUCAACGUGGAGCUACUGUAGUCUGUCCUUGUGUGGGGCCCCUUGAAGCAGGUCUGGUGGCAGACUGGAUCUACCUUUUUGUUCUGUGAAUAGAGAAGAAAUAAUCUGAGAUGUUCCUCUUCUGUGAUGGGCACAGAUUGCUUUUAACUUUUAGAGUAAAUUCUGGCUGUUAUUUUGUGGCUCAUAAAGUUCUUAUACUUGAGUUCUUGUCUCUAACAGUCUUCUUAAAAUAACAAUUUCUACCUCUACUUGUUCUUUUGUUUAUGUUUUGAAUUCUGUCUUUUUCCUGAAGUCUGAAAUCCCAGAUAGUUACAAAAGUAUUAUUAGUUGAUAAAGGAAAUAAUAACAUAGCAGCAAGCAGACAUUAUUCAUUGAUGGCCUAGAGUUGUAGAGACAUCUAAUACACUACAAGCCUAGAUAUUGUUAUAGCAUAAUCCCAUUACUCACAUGUUGGACAUGAGCAGAUUGGCCACGAGUCAGCAGUGCACCCUUGUAGUGAUAAAGGAAUGUCACUAGGAAGAGCAAGGAAGGCAAUAAGUCCCUUCUGCUGUUCACUUCUGGGAGCCUAUCUGGAGUAUUGUGGUCAGUUUUGUACAGCAGUAAGUCCAUCAUACAGCUGCUGAGAUGAGAGGGUUGGAGCACAUGUCACGUGGUGGGAGAGCUGAGAUUGUUUGGAUUGGCUCUGGGGAGAUCUUAUUUUGCUCUUUAAUUGUUCUAAUUGGUAGUGAAUACAGUACAGUGAAUACAGAGCCAGGCUCUUCUCAGAGGUACAUAGAAAAAGAUGAGGAGCAGUGGGCUCCAAUUGCAUUAAGAAAAUUCCAGAUGGAAUUUUCAGAGGAAUAUUUUCAUACUGCAAGUGGUAAAAGAGAGGCCAAGAAAGGCAGUGGAAAAACCCACCCUUGGGGAUAUCCAAAACUCAACUGGACAAGAUCUGGGGUUGGAUCAGAGAUCUCCACAGGUUUCUUCCGACCCAAAUUAUUCUUUGUAGGUUGCUCCAAAAAUAAUGCCUCCUGUUUAUUUCCAUAGAAACUACAACAGAUACGAAGAGCACAAUAACACUGUUUGAUAGAGAAAAUUCUCAGCUACAAAACACUGUUUUUCAGCAUAGCCACCACCAUUAGCUAUGUUUUUUUGCCAGUGAUGAAUAAGAGCCUGCAUGCUGCACUUGUAAAAGUCUGUACUAGUGGAGGUGACCCCCUGUUUCACAGCUGCUGUGAUGGUAUUGUUGUUAGAAGUUGUUGCCCAUGCAGUCCAUCUUUCAUCAGCCAGUAGAGAUGGAAGUUAGAAGGUGCCCAAUCUGGACUGUGCAGAGAGUCAUUGGACAGGCCAGCCAGGAAUGGCAGUGUGCUCCAUGGUCUUCAAACUAAUAUGGGUCCUGGAGUUAUCCUAUUGCAAGAGAAAGAUUGUCACUUUCUCUGGCCUGACUGUGGAAGUUCAAGCCUUCAGCUUAGUCAGCGUUGUGACCUGACAGUCGGAGUUGAUGGUUUAUCCAUGUUCCAGGAAAUCCAGAAUGAUCCCUCCUUUCCUAUCCCAAAAGACUGUGCACAGCACUUUACCAUCUGAGGACUGUGUCCUAAAAGUUUUUCUUCAAUGGGAAAUUCAGAUGUCACCAGUCCAUAUGCUGCCAUUUUGACUCUGGCUCGUGGUGGUGGCACCACCUCUUGUCACUGGUAACGAUGCGAUCCAGGGAAAUCACCUUCAGCCCUGUGUUGGUUCAGUAGGUCCUGACAGACUUGCAUACAGAAUUGCUAGUGUUCUUUCUAUCCCUGUGUGAGCAUUCGUGGGACCUGUCUGCUGCAAACUUUGCAGUAUUCCAGCAUUGCCAGUGUCGUUGAAGCAGAUAUUCAGCUCUGUACACAGUUCUCUGAUUGUAAUUUGCCUGUUGGCACAGAUGAACUAAUGGAGAUGCUCUUUUUUGAGUAGUAUGACAGCUGUGCAUGGCUGUCCAGAAUGUGGCUUGUCUUUCACGUCACUGUCACCGCUGCCGAAAUGCACUGCCCACUGCCUCCUUGUGCUUACAUCCACUGUUCUGUCUCCAUAAACAUUCAGCAAGCAUUGAUGAAUGUCAGUGAAUGCUGUUUUUUCAUCAUGGAAGAAUUCAGUUCCACAACUUUGCUUCACAUGCACUUCCACGUCAGGCACCAUUCUAUCAGGCUGCCUCUCUGCUGCCAUCUAUCACACAGCAACAGAACAUCAUGAAAUACUGGUGGGAAGUUUCAGCCACUACUGCCAUCCCACCAACAUCCACAUCUGAUGUUGUGGGCCAACAUCUUAAAAUAGGAGGCAUUACUUUUGGAGCAGCCCUUGUAUGAUUCAAACCUGCUCAGGUCGGGGAGUUUCCCAGUUCUCAUCUGCACAUGUUCACUUGUUUAAGGAAAUUCUGUUGUUUUGCCUACUGUUAAAAAGUUCUGUCCUAUCCUAAUAUAGAUGAGCUUUAUUUGUAGAGUCUGGCUCCAGGUUCUAAUCAAGCCAUAAGGAAUAAAUCUCAUCAAUUAUUUGCUCUGUUUACACAGUUCUUCAGGGAUAUUUGAAUUAGCUUGUUUCGUUCCUUGGCUAACACUGAACUGGUAAGUUCUCCACGUUUUAAUAACGUUUGCGCUGUAGAUUCAUUUUUGCCUUUGAGAGGAAUUUUCACUGUCUUGCUGCUGUGAGCGUAGACUUGAACAAAUUCGCGUAGCUGAACAGGUUAGAAGAGAAAUUGUACUUAGCUUAAGCCCACUGUUGACUACUGUGAUAUGCUAAAAUUUUUUGUUUCAGUAAAUCUUCAAAUGGUGAUUGUCAGAAGAUUUAGUUUGGUAGCCUACAUCUUCUGUACUUGCUUGGAGCCUCGUGUUAUUUCCUUAUGUUUGCUGUUGGCCAUUGCUAGACAAAAAAUAAAUAAUAGUAGAAAAACAUACAAAGACAGAUUUGGGGUCUGAUGUGGAAGUUAUUUUAAAGAGAAAUCAUGAUAGUGUUCUCUACUAUGGUACAGCAUGGAGUCACUAUCCCAAGUGUCACUCCUGCCGUUAAGGUGCAGGAGAACACAGAGAUGAGUUCAAGAUUCUCAGAUCCCCUCUGUGGUGUAACAGUGAGAUGCUGCUUGCAGAGAAGUAGAAUGAAAGCAUUGUGCUGAUAGAACAUUGUGGUAGCAAUGGAUAGUUGGACUAGAUGAUCUUAUAGGUCCUUUCCAACCUUGUGAUUCUAUGACGUCCACCAGGUCGCAGAGCCACGCAGAGGUACAUGGCACUGGUAACAGGAUUUCAUUGUAUUUUUUCACAUAGAUAAAACCACCAAACCAAAACUGAUGUAAGAGUUGCAAGUCGAAACUGCAGCCUCUAAAACCUUUAAUGCAAGGUUCUUUUUCACUGUGUGUGAUGUCAGUUCUGGAUUCGUGCAUUUCGGUGUUCAUUAUGAAGAUUCAGUACUGAGCUGUGGAUGUUUAGUAGGGGAAUAUUUUUUUCCCCCUUUAUGCCUGGAAUUCUCCUCAUUUCAGAUAAUAAAUUUCUUACCAGAAGUUUUCUAUUCCUCCACUUGUACCAGCUACAUCACUCUGUAGCCCUCAUCCCCAAGGGUCCAUCAGCUUCUUUCAAGUUCAUUUGAUAAUUACCAGCAAAUUUUAGUGUCAGAAUAAGUUUUGCUCUUAUGUUAGGGCUUCCCACCCAAGUAGCUCUUGCACUCUUUGAAGUUCUUUGACUUGGUAAUAUUAUUUUGAAUGAAAUCUUCGGCUUGUAGGCAAUAAUGUUGAGUUUCGUGUAGCAUUUCUCAUUUGGCAGGAAUCUUUAUUGGCAGGGUUGCUCUUGAAAAAACUUGCUUUAUGUUAGUGACCUAACGUAUGCUUGUUCUUAUUAGACAGCUGCAGGUUUUGUGUGUUUAAAUGCCUCUUAGUGGAGUAAUUGGGAUUGUAUCACAAUCCUGGCCAACUGAAUGGAAGUUUGAGGAGUAACUUUUUCACUGUGACUUCUUGGGAGGGAGGGUGGAUGGCCUGACCAUGGGUACCUCCAGUUCCCAAGGAGAAGAGUUGCAGAGAAGAUUCAAAAUGAAGCUUUCCCCUUUUUGCAGCUGGCCUUUUUACUCAGGAUCUUGAAGCAGUCAUUGGCCAACGGGCAUUUGGCAAGCUGAAAAGCAUCGCCCCAAACCUCUCAUUUUAGUGUCUAUUCAUUUCGUCUAAUAAAUGGGAUUAGAACUGUCCAAUUAAAGACACUGCACAUUGAAGGAAAAGAAAGAGGCAUUCUAGAGGCGACAGCUAUAAAUUCAAAUUUAAAAUAUACAAAAGAUAUUUUUCUCCAUUGUGAGAAUUGUGUUAUAACUGGAGAAGUGGAUGCGAUCAUCUUGAGGGCUGUCAGUAAGAGGACAGCGUUUUGAUGUUGGUUUUUGUCCAGCAAAUGUCAAUAAAGUUAAUUAAACGAAACUAUUCUCAGUUGCACCAGUGGAACAAACAUAGGGAGAAAAAAACUCAAACCUCUCAAGAGUUGUUCAUUGCUAACCUUGGCCUUAGGUUCUGUCUCUUAAAAAUAGCUUGGAAUUGUUUGUUCAUGCCUGUUUUCAUGUCGCCAUCCAUUUGGCAGAGGCGAUGCAGUGGCGACGAUGGCAUUGACAUAGUUAUGACAAUCAGUACAAACUGUACUCGUUUUGUUAAGGUUCCUCUGUCACAUGCUCCUUAUGAAAAUUCAGAUCAUACCCUCGCUGGUACUUGCUGGAACAAGUAAACAAUUUUUUAUUUUUUUUUAUUAAUUUGAGAUGCAGUCUGUGAUGUUUACGGUGUGCUUAUCAGUGUAGUAUUUGGGUGGUAUGUCAGAGAGAUAGAGAAGUUCUUCUGUAUCAGGUGUCUGUGGGGUAAGCUCACAAAACAUAUUUUAGACACUCCCUUUAACCAAGCUGAUCAAGAAAACUAAUUGGUUUGACUACUGCAGUGUUGUGCUCUUCCCUGUUCUUUGCAGUGGGCUUUGGAGUGCUCCUGCCAACGGCUUCAGCACGAGGAAACCCAACUCAUGAAGUGGAGCGAGCUGUAACAGCCCUUGAUGCUCUGUAUGUACAGUGCAUCCCACUCUCAGCUGGCUUGGCACAAGGAUGUCUGCACCAUUUAUCCCCUAUUCUUGUUAAAUGGAAGUGGGUGCAUUCUGCUGAUCAAAACAUCCAGCAUGCUUCUGCUCAAUCCUUUCAUAAUGCAGGCAGGGUAAUUGGGAUGGGUAGAUAAAUGUGUAAGAGUAUGGCAGGAAAAGUAAUGGCAGCUCUUUCGAAGGGCUGGAUGUCCUCCUGACAUGUAAUUAGCUGCUUUAGAAAGAUGUGGAUUGGCAUGGUCAUAAUUAAAAGGAUUUCUGUCUUUCUGUGAUUGAAAACAGAAGAUCUUCCGCCCCCUAAUUUUCUUUAGAACCAGCAUUACUGGUGACAUUUGGAACAGCUAUACUUCGUAAACUUUAAUAAUGACCUGUUCCUAAUGGUAACUUCUAGCAGCAGGGGCUGAAACAGAGUUUAGUUUUCUAUGCAAAACUACUUCUUUUCCUUUUAUGCUUUUGGGUAUUUAUUUCUUCUUAGUGGGUUUUAGAAAUAAAGCUGACGUUUAAUUGUGUGACUGUGUGAUUACAGAUUACCCUGCAUUCUGAUUGGGCUCUUCUUGACUUGUCACUUGCUUGUAGAGAUGAUAAGGAAGUUUAGCCGUGGUCUGGGACUCCCCUGAUCUGCUCGUGCUGUUUUUACCCUGUCCCCAGGUGGAGAAUGCCAAGCGCAGGUAGCCUUCAGUUUUCAAAUUAGAGCUGGCUCUUCUGUGUUUCUGGCUUUUCUGUGCCACUUCAGCACAUCUCCUGUAUGGUCUCAGUUUGGAAGCGUUGCCAGCAGUUGUUGCGAAGGGUAUUGCUGUGUUGUCCUGAAGAUGUCUGCAGUGUCCUGACCUGAUGGGUGGCAUCCCUGCCCAUGGGAGAGUGAUAUGAUACGGUCUAGCAUUACAAGCUAACUCACCUUUUUCUUAAGAAAUCUCAGAAGAGCCUGCAGCAGGGUAUUCUUCUGUACUGCAGGAGAGGAGCUGUGCUGGUGACCCACACUAACAUCACAAUCUUUCCAUGAUAACGUUGCUAGAUUCUGCAAAAGCAUUUGUCAUGAAGUGUUGUGUGCCUUUCAGUUCUGUUUAUUUGUGAAAAACAGUAUCUGUGGAUCUGCCUUUAGCCCUGCAGAGCUUCUGCUCCAUAUUUGACUGUAAACUUCUUGACUGUAUUCCAUAGUGACACUGUCCUGCUGUACGAGGUGAGUUUCUGAAGCUUUUUGCUGUGUAAAGAUGCAUACAUGGAGUUAGUAAAAUUUAGCAAAGACAGCAGGUUCCUAACUUCAACAGAUUUGCAAAGAAAUUAGGAACCUUUAACUUAUUUAGGCUCUUACCUGAAUCCUUCAGUUACUUUUCAGCUUCUUUAUAGAGCUACUUCUGCAAAUCUCAUCCAUUGUCACUGUGGUUCAGAACAGACCUAUGGGUCUUGGGUACUUAGUUCUUCCAGAGCCAUUGCCACUGGUAGUGCUUACCCUCACAGUAGCAAUGGUAGGAAUUUCUUUCCUAGGACAGGAAUUUUUAGACACUAACUUGCUGCUGUCACUGGUCUCAAUUCAUCUUCCUAUCUUUCUCUCCUAUCCCUUCUCCUUAACUAAUUAAAGUCUUCCAUGUUAUGGCAAGAUGGCAUAUGUAACUUAAAUAACACACCUCUGUAAUUAAGAGGUUGGCAUCAGCCUUCUGAGUUGUAUUUUACAUCAUUUGAGAUUUAAAAACACAUUUUGCUGACAUUUUAUUUAUCAAAUCACUCAAGACAAAGACAUGAUUAAAUUAUCAAUUAAUAUUUCUCACCCAAUAUAUUCCAGUGAGAAUAUUGAGCAUAUAUUGCAUUCCUCAAAGUGCAUUUGACUUUGCAUUUUUUUAGUUGUUAUUGUAUUUUAAGUCUGCCUGCUGGUAACGUUGCUGCUAUCUGUCUCUAACAGUACUGUAGUGACAGUGCUGAAAAUGCCCUUCAGAAACCAACCAGAGCCAGGAAUUCAGAAUAUCAACUCAUUGACCAGUUUUUCCCAUAGCAAGGUGCAAAUUUGUACUUCAUGGCAAGUAAGCAGAUCUUUCCAAGACCAAAUGACAGAGAUUCUCCCUUGGCACAUUUGAGCUGCCUGUUGUUCAGAAGGUUUGGUAAGAUUUUGUUGUGAAAAGUAGCCAUGAGAACAUUUCACCUUUCUGCAUCGUUUGGGUGGUCUGAGUUUAGAUGUAACUACAUGAGUUCUGAAUGACUGCAUGAAGCAGAAUGGAGUUUGCAUCAGACAUGGAAACUCAUGUGAUGUGCAGGGUCUCCUUUUAGCUGGUAGAUCGGACCCUUCUGGCCUUAAUUGUUAAACUUUGAUUCCAAAGAGGUAGACUUCUACUCUUACAGCUGUAGCUUGUUCGUAGUAUGUAAUAAUUUGUUGAGAUUUGAGUAGUAGAGUGGUUCUCUACAGUAAGACCUCCUUCAAAAUGUAUGACUUUCCAUCAGAGGAAAUGUUGUGCCUUAUGUCUGUAAACCACGUCAAGUUCCACUUACGUAUGAUGAAGACCUUUUUACUCUUUGUAUUUCUGCCAGGAUGAGAAUCAAGCGAACGCUGUUUUGAUAGAAGGUGGUUUAUUGUAUGCUGCCAUAUUACUGAGAUCUGCUCCCAUGUCUUACAGAUUCUUCCCAUCUGUCCUUCUGAAACAGCGAUACGCUCUUCCAUACCCAUCAGUGUUCAGCAGCUAUGGUAGCUCUGGAACAACAUCAUUCUCUUCAACCAUUAUUUUUGCUUCUUCUACAAAGAAAGAAGAACCCAACCAAAAUCCAGAGCAGGUCAAUCUGAAUUUCUAAUCGUAAAUCUUCUUUGCUGUUUGCUGUAUGAGCAUGUGGGUACAUGAAUCCCAGUCGUUAUGUUUUCACUGUUACCUGGGCACAUUCCACAUGAAAUCAUUUCACAUGAAAAAGCAUUGGUCUGUCAUGACCAUUUCCUGUAGCUGCAGUGGCUCAAGGAACUGUUGAUGUGAAUGCUUUUGCCUGUUGCCAGAGUGCUUCAAAAAUAUCACAGCCACCUCAAGUCUUCUUGCUAAACUCAUCUCUCUUCUUGAAGUGAUUUCCUACCCUGAGCCUCUGUUUCCUCGAAGGAAUUCCACACAAGUAUUUGAGCUGUACUUCCUUCAGCGGCUCUGAGCCUUUCACUUCCCUCUGAGGCUGAUUCUUGUUGGUACAGAAUUUGUCACACAUAUUUGUCCCUAACUGUGGUUGUGUUUCUUUUGUCUUUCAUCCAAGCUCUUUCACACCUCAGUAAUCCUAUUCUACCUGGUGUACGGAUGGUUUUCUUACACAGACAUGCUCUGACCUGAACUUGGUGUUUGUCUGGUCUCCAGCUGAGCGAUGGAUGUGAUUUCCAUGCUGAUAACAAACCAGUCUGCUGUAAUACUGAAGUUGAGGGUUUUCAGAUCCUUUGAGCUUCACUAGCUGAAAGACCCCAGGUGUUUUCAGCAUGGCACUGCUCCUCCCUUCCCUUCCUUUACUUUUGAUGCUUAGAUUAACAAAUCAGGGAAACAGUAACUUCUAAGUAUGAUUUUGUUUGUUUUUAACUGGGAAGCCUGGUACUGGGCCUUGCACCUCAGUAGCUAUUCCGUGAUAUUCUAGCAAAUUACUUGGGAAAAUGCAGGUAUGUCACAGAUACAGCCGUUCUUAACAAACUAAUUUGGUGUUUCUUGCACAUGAUUAUGGUGCUCAGGUUUACCUGUUCUGCUUAGUUCUGUGCUCUUUGGUGUCUGUUGCUUCUUCCCCUCCUGGUAGGACUAACUUGUUGCUUUCUGUGCCCUUUGUCCAUCUUCAGUGAUUUCUGCCAUUUCAGUUUCACUCCUCUUGUUUCUCAUUCUUGACUUUUUUCUCUACAGGCACUUUAUUACCUUCACAGCUUCGAGCAGUGUAUUUAUAGUUAGUUGUUUCCUAAUUCCUUUAAUACUUCAGUCCAAGUCGACAUAGAUUCAUCUUUCCUUUUGCCUAUUAGAUGGCACUGUAUCAGUUGCCUACUUGAAGUUCAGAUAUAUAUUAUCCACAGUAAAGUAUAAAUAUGAAACAGUCUCCAGAGUUCACUCAGACCAUUUAAAACAAACAAAAAGAACUCAUAAAUUCAGUCCUUUUACAGCAGGUUUUUCAUCAGCAGCCUCCCAUGUGAAAUAGUGUAUUUGCAAGUGCUGGACCACGCUCAGCAGAGGGACGAGGUAGUAGCAUUAUUUUUCUCCAACCUUUUGCUCACAUUUAAUAUUGGAAGCAGUACGAAUCGGUGCCGUUGUUGCUCCUGGUUAUGUGUUGCCACCUGCUUUUUUCACGUGAGUUUCUGGGAGGGGUGGUGCGCGGGUUUUGAGGUUGGACUCGAUGAUCUUGAAGGUCUUCUCCAACCGGAGCUGCGUUGCGCUGUGCGUGGCGCCAUUCCUGCUGCGUGUCGUCAUGUCGUUCCGCCAGGGCCUGGGCUCACCUUUGGCAGCCGGAGUAGCUUUUGAUUUCUUUAAGUUGUUUUACAUUUGAAGGCGAUGAAAAAAAAAACCAAACUUGAAAUGAAAGGACUUCUCUGAAUAGAUACAGUAAUGAGAGUGGAUUGGAUUUUGAAGUUCCCAUUCUUCAGUGUUAUCCACUGAACUUUCUUUUUGGCUUGCGCAUGAAUUCGUGUUGAGACUUGAAGCUUUUGACUUAUUUCUCGGUUCUCCGGGGCCAGAGCCCUGCUUGUUCUUCGGAGAGGGGACAUGUUGCAUUUCAUCCUCGUUGCCGUACAAACCAAGAAGCAGAAAUAUUUCUGUGCUGGGAUCCUGCCGUAGCGUUAGCAGUGCCGUUCCAAAUGCCAGCAGCAGCAGCUCCUCCUCCCUCUGCCAUCAGGGCGGCUCACGGGGCUGAGGGCAGCACGUCCUCCUGCACCAGGGGCUCUCGCUGGGGGAGCAGCUGGAAGUCAGGCGUCGCACCCUGCGUGACAGAGCGCUGCCACCGUGGGCAGAGCCACCAAGGACAGGCUUCUACCUUAAGGAUGGUGUGGGAGUGACAGAUUCAAACCAGGUUUAGUUCAACAGCGGUUCUGUCAAAGGGUGACAGUUACAAGUGGGUUACGUCCGCGGGGAGCACUGUUUUUUGACAGAUAGCCUUGGCUGUCUCCCCCUUGGUCUCUAUGAUCUUCCCAAGGCUCAUAAAAGCCCAGGAAGUGUGAAAUAUGUGCAGUACUUUUUUAAUUAUUAUUAUUUUUUUCUUAGUGUCGAUUUAAAAAGUGCCUAAGUGAGUAACAGGACUCCAGAGUGAGCUGGAGAAAUAGGAUUAGACCUCAUUUCCCUCCUAAGAGCAGAGCCCUCGCUGCGCUUCCUCCGGAGGAGCAGUGAGAGUCUGUAACCCUGCAGAAUCCAGCAGGGAAGAAAUCCCUUUCCUCAUGCUGCUCCCUCAUUCUCCAACCUAAAACUUGUUGGUGGGGAACUUCUUAGCAGACGGUGUUUCUCAGCCAAACCGUGGCAAUCUCUGUUUUAGGGUGGAUGGGAAGGAGGGGGAAGCUCGGGCAGAAUUUGGUAGGAAACUGCUUCUGGGAUUCCAGGUGCAAAUGGCUUUGUGCAUUCAUCUCAUGUCUCUGGAUAACCCCACACCUGAGGUUCUGGGUAGGAGUGGCCGAUAUCCAUAAUAACCCCUUCUUGGAAUCACAGAGGCGGUUUCUUCCUUUAUUCUUAUCUAUUUCUAGGCUUGUUAGAGCGGACCUGCUAAACAUUUUGUCAGAAUAAUGUGAUGAUUGGCAGGUGGUUAUAACCUUGUAAAAAUGAGGAUUUUAAGUGGGUAAAAUAAAAGAUAUCAAUGUUAGUUUAAAAAAGUUGCAUUAAAGAGUUUCUUCUGACGUAGCGAAAGGAAAUAAAACAAGGGAACGCUGGUGAGAUGCGUUGGUACCACUGGAGGGUUCCGAAGAUGAAAGCAACCCAUACGUAGAUGUUUUAUUUUUCAUGUGUGACAAAGUGUUGUUUUCACCUGACAACUUAAUUACAUGUGAGUUGGGAAAGCCUAGGAAAUGUUGUUGGCAGGGGAAGCCGUAAGGGCAUCUCUUGUGCAGAGAACAGAAAGCGAGCUUGUAGGAUGUCGAUGGGUGUUGGUAUAAGCAAUGAUCAAAGGAGAAUCUAGUGCUGGGGUGCUGAUGAGAACAAAGUGCUCACGGAGCCCCGUGGUACAUUGGAUGCAGUGCUGUCCCCCUGCUCCAGAGAUGCCUUUUUUUUGACUGUGAUUUUUUUCCUAAACAAAGUGAUUGUCGAUAACGGUGGUCGCGAUCGAAAAGAGCUUAGCAGCGAGCGCGUCCAACCCAGGGGUGGAAAGGCAACGGAACAGACGGGGGGCACAGAAGGAGAAUGAGGAAAGCAAAGGCCCCAGGCUCUGUGUGACGUGCUGUGGGUUGGGAUUUCCAUUUUGGGGUUCUGUGCACCCUCGUUUUGCUGCAUUGGGAUGGGAGCGCCGGGCCGGCCGUGCGCCUCGAGCGCCGUGGUUGAACGUGAGCUGCCGCUGUCGCACGUGGGGCAGCUGUGGUCCCUGCAGUUCCUCCGCACGUCUCCAGCUCAGCAGUAAGCAGGGAGGAGCUGUGCCAGCUCUGCUGCUCCCGCGGCUCCCAGCCUCCCGCGGCUCCGUCCCUUUGUGCUGCCCAUGUCCCCGUUCCCCGCGCCCCGCCGCCAGCCGCUCCUUGUCUCAUCUGCUGUAGGUGUUGUGCCUACCUCAAGAGGUAUCCUGGAGUCACACCUUCACUCUGUUCUUUUUUACACGAGCACUAGCGCGCACACACUGGAAUGUAUAUUCUCCCCCACCCCAAAUAACCUCGUGACCCGAUCCUUGCUGUAGCCACCACCAACUCCUCUUGCAAAUUGGAUGCUGCUUUAAAUGUGAAAACAAAUGUUCGAGAAGCUAUAAAACCUGAAUGAAAGCUAAAGCUGAAUUUAUAAAGCCUUGUUGCGUAUGAGCCAAAAGUGCAAAAAGCUCUAUAUAAUGAACUAACCUGCCACUCAUAUAAAUAUAAAUAUAUAUAAAUAUAUUAAAAUCAGACUGUUCUACAAAAUUGUGUAUUUGUAUUUUUGUGUACGUACAAUUUUCUGCUAAGCAGAAGGAGGAUGUAGUAUAGGAUGAUGUGAGAAGAGAUUUUGUUUAAUCAUAUUUCUUUGUUACUUAUUUUUGUUAACAUCCAGAUGCCUGUCUUUGUCUUCUGUAUAUGACACUGUUCCAAAGGUGCAGUAUCCCUCUCCCGCCGUGUCCCAGCCCUCUCCUGCCUCGCUGGGUGAUGCUCCUCGCCGUGGCCGGGCUGCUCAGCCCAUGGACUACGUCUGUGCCUGGCAUUUAGUGGAUGUGCCGUGCGUUGCUGUUUGCCACCUGGUGGGCCUGUUCUCUGCAGUCUCUUUGCUCUGGUCCUCAGCAUGAAAUUUCAGGAAGAAACAAGCAGCAGUGCAGACCAGGAGGGAGGAUGAGCAGUAAGCAGGCAGCCAAGGCAGGGAGGCGGCGCUGUGCGUCACAGGGAGCGAAUCUCAGGUACCACCAGCAAGCUGCAGUGCACUACUGAGCGACCCCACAGCUGCCAAAGUGGUUUUGCUGUCAGGAGGGCAGGUGGGCAGCAGUGCUGGUGGGGCUUCGGUGCAACCUGCAAAUGCAUUGCAGCGAGUGGUGGAGCAGCCGUGGCGUCUCCCUGUUCUCAUGGCUGGGUGCCCUUCUGGUACUGAUGGUUAGGAAGAGUUUUUCUGAAGUCUUCUCUAAGUCACUGCAGCGAGCUGCGAGAUGCUGAUCCAUCCCUGGAUGUGUUUAAAACCAUUUGGAUGUGGUGCUCAGGGACACGAUUUAGCAGAGAGCUGUCAGGUUGUGGUUGGACUUGAUGGCCUUGAAGGUCUUUUCCAACCGGAGCAAUUCUGUGAUCUUGUGAGUAGAUCUGCUCCAUGUUUUGCUGCAAGGAGAGGGGAGUCAUUUUGUCACUUGGUGUUGGUCCUCAUGAGUUACAAAGUGGAGAAGUGCCUGGGGAAGGUCCAAGCAGAGCUGUGUAGAACAGGCUGUGGUGGAGAAUAACACAAAGCUCUGCAAUUUAUGUGAUCCGAAUUUCCCUUCCCCUUCCUUGCUGCAAACCCUGGAGGCAAACAGGUCCUUUCUGUGCGCUCCCAUCUGCAGAAUGAAGGUGACAGUUCUUGUUUGUCCCAUCUUCCUUAGGCAGUAGGUGCUUCAGAAGCAGCAGCUCCUUCCCUCCUGCCCUUUGUGCCCUUUUUGCUUUUUCUUUUAAUUUCUAACAUUGUCUGAACCGAAUUCUGGUCCAGGGAGAGCGAUACUGCACCUUUCCAUGUAGGGCUCAUAUUUAUAACAGUGUGUAAUGACUGUAGCAAAAGUCCUUGUUUCUGUAUGUGAAUGGACAGAGAAACAAGUGCUCUAUUGUAUUGAUUAAAAUAGUUAAAAUGAGUCCUGUAUCAUUGUAUCUCCUAUUCUGGAUUAGUGCCUUUUGGACAGUAGACUGUUCUGUAAUUAAAAUGUAGUAUAACUGCUUUUUUGUACAGUUUUGUUUUAAUAAAACUUUUUUUUAAUUUGUGUUUAUUUUAGUAUUGUACCUCUUAGAAAAUAAAAAUGUAUAACUCAACAAAGACAAAGCCUCUGAUGGUCCUUUUUUGGCUGAGGGUGGCGGCAGCCCUGCAGCAGCCUCAGGCACGAGCAAAGGAAAGAACAUCUCCACAGCUUCAACAUGUAGAAAAACGAACUCUUUGGAGGAUGAGGGAUGGCCUCAAAUUCCUGGGUCCCCCACUUUGUUUUUUGGAGAAGAUGGGAAACAUUGGACAGUGAUGGGACAAGGGGGAACGGUUUGAAACUGAGACAUGAGAGGUUUAGGUUGGAUCUGAGGAGGAAGUUUUUCCCCCAGAGGGUGGUGAGGCACUGGCACAGGUUGCCCAAGGAGGCUGUGGAUGCCCCAUCCCUGCAGGCAUUCAAGGCCAGGCUGGAUGUGGCUCUGGGCAGCCUGGGCUGCUGGUUGGUGACCUGCACACAGCAGGGGUUGGAACUGGAUGAGCACUGUGGGCCUUUGCAACCCAGGCCGUUCUGUGAUGCUAUGAACACGUGAGGACCCAGAGGUGUGGGGCUGUUUGUGCUCUGCCCCGAACCUCCAUUUCCAGCUGGACUUUGGCAACUCCAUUUGCUCAUUGUGACAAAGAGCACGAGGACAGGUGAGGGCCGUGAGAGCGCUGCUAAUUGGCGGCAGGCAGCGGAGGAGGCGAUUCUUUGUGGGGCGUUUGUUCCCCUCGCCUGUUUUGAUGGCUGCCUUCUGAAGGCAGCUCUGGCUGCAGAACACAGAGCAGCGCGGCGGUGCUGCAGGAACCACCUUUGGGAAGAGCGGCUCUCGAACAAAGUGACGGCACUUCAAAAGGCGCCCGUGCUCCAGCAGAAGGUUGGCGUUUCUUCUUGCUUCUUCUGAAGGUCCAACAUGAAAGGAGAUCGACCGUAGGAGAAAACAACACACCAGGCAGCUGUAUUUCUGUGCGCUGAUUGCAAGGCACCGAUAAAAAUACCCUUUGCUAAAUGACUUUCAGCAAGGAACUGCGGAAUUGGUGCGGGGUUUUGUUGCUUGUAGAAACAAACAGGUGAGAGCUGGGCCCAAAGCCUGCUUCUUGUUAGCAACGCUAAGCUGUGUUUUGGAGGAAAAAGUGUUGACAAAGAGAAACUAAAAAGGAAAAAAAAAGGGAUAAGCACCAAAGAUUGCAUUGCAUGCUGCUGAGGUCACACCCGGGGUGCUGGGUACAGCACUGGGCCCCCCAGUGCUGCAGAGAGCUGGGCGAACUGCUGGGAGCCCAACACAGGGCUGUGAAGAUACCAUUGGGAACCUGGAGCAGGAAGGGAACUCUGCAAUACACUGAGGAGUAGAGGGAAAAGAAAACUCACUGCUGUGACCAAGGGCAGGAUGGGCACCAACAGCCCUGGUGCCUUUGGAAGGGCUGAUGUCCAAAACCUCACAGAAGAGGGAGGCCAGGGGCCAGCGGUGCCGUGGUGCUGUGUGUAUCUACAGGGAGAUCCCUGCGCAGCAAGAAUAAGGCAAGAGACGUGUUUGAGAUUAUAGUGAUGGAUCUCAGCACCCUCAAACAUCAGCUCUCCCACUGUGAUGCCUUGAACACAUCUGAAAAUUUUGGUGCUGCUCACGAGAUAACAAAGUGUAGACUUGUGGGUUCUAAAGAAGAAGUUUAUUUAGGUAUUGCAGGCUGCAUUGCAUAUAUAACACAAUAUUACAAUUUAGUAUUGUACAGAAAUAAUUAAAAACUUUACAGCUCAUUACAAAGUGUCUUUGGAUUUUAGCUCAUUUGAAGUACACCAAUCAACACGUAAUAAUACCACAGUGUCAAUAGCCACUCUUUAUAUACAGACCCACUACAUUUACAAAAAAAAAAAUCAACAGAAAGAUGAGCUGGGAGAGGCUCCCAAGACA